CAAUGGUAUGGUGGUUCGUUCACUAUCCCUCUUGCUUCAGUGUCUCCUUUUCCCCUUCCUUUCUUCUCUUCUCUUCUCUCUCCGAACCCUAAACCAAAAUUCUAUUACGCCAUCCUCCUCCUCGAUCUUCCUCCUAAACCUCUAACUUCCACAUCUUACUCUUCUUAUUGUUGUUCUUGCUUUUGCUGCUCCUGCUCUUCCCGAUUGGAGUGUGUGGCAAUCUAUCGUUAUCUUUCAGAUCUACCUCCUCCAUCAGCAGUCCCUUUUUUAAUCAAAAUUACUUGUUAUUAUUUAGUAGACUAGAUGGAGGGGAAUUCUGGUGGAGGUAGUGGCAGUGGAGCAGCAGCAGCGGGUGGAGGAGGAGGGAAUGAUGUUGAGCUCAUGUGUAAGACUCUACAAGUGGAACACAAGCUUUUCUAUUUUGAUCUAAAAGAGAAUCCUCGGGGUCGUUACCUAAAGAUAUCGGAGAAGACUUCAGCCACCAGGUCCACCAUCAUCGUCCCCUUCUCUGGGAUUUCUUGGUUCUUGGAUCUCUUCAAUCACUACGUUGAUAAUUCUGCUGAUGAUCAGGACCUCUUUAGCAAGGAAUUGCAGCUCGACACCAAGGUUUUCUACUUUGACAUUGGUGAAAACAGAAGGGGCCGCUUCUUGAAGGUGUCUGAAGCUUCUGUCAGUAGAAACCGAAGUACUAUUAUUAUUCCUGCUGGAAGUUCGCGGGAUGAAGGGUGGGCAGCGUUUAGGAACAUUCUGGCUGAGAUCAGUGAAGCAUCAAGACUUUUUAUGCUGCCCAAUCAGCAAAGUUCUGAAACUUCAGAGCAACUUGUUGGACUUUCUGAUGACGUAGGGGCUGGCUUCAUAUCUGGGCACAGUAGCCAAUCACCCGCGCCUACUUCUGAACUGAAUGUAGACAGAUCGGUUGAACUGCCCCCACAGGAUGAAAUUGGUAAUCUGGGGGUGUCAAAGGUAAUCAGAGUUGAUCAGAAAAGAUUCUUCUUUGAUCUGGGUAGCAACAACAGAGGUCAUUUUCUAAGGAUUUCUGAGGUUGCAGGUAAUGAUAGGUCCUCCAUAAUUCUCCCACUUUCUGGGCUGAAGCAGUUUCAUGAGAUUGUGGGUCAUUUUGUGGAGAUAACCAAAGAUCGAAUUGAAGGAAUGACAGGAGCUAAUGUUCGGACUAUAGACCCCCCUCGAAGAUGAAUGCUUGUCAUUUGAAGGUUUGCAGAGAGAGAUAAAGAGAAAAAAGGAAAUGGUGAAGACUAUAGUGGGUUUGUGGAGAAGCAUAUCACUCUGUAUUCUGUCAAGGCGUUGCUUUGCCACAUCAAAGUAGAUGUUUGAUUAGGGUGUGACUGUGGUCAGUUUGUGUUUCUGUUCUUUCAAUCUUCCCUAUUUUUUUUUUUUGUCUCAUUCAAGUCUAAUAAUCCGAUUUAUCUGUAUGAUGAUGAACAGAAAAGUUUCGGAGGUAGUUUACAGUGCGCUCUAUGUAGUGAAUAACAGAAGAAACGAAUCAGAUAAUUGUAAUUGUUAAUUUUUUUUUUUUGAUAGUGUGGCACUGGCAAGGUUGUUACAUCUAUCAAUAAUGCUUAUUGCAGAUGUUUUGUCCA